CACUUCUCGUGGGAUAGUUUAGCUGGUGGAGCAGAAGAGAAGAUAAUGGCAAUGAUGACAGGUAGAGCAGCAACCAGAGGUCCUCCUAACCUCAGCUCCUGUUCCUCAUAUAAUCACCAUCAAUAUAACCCAACAAGAAAUAGGCUUACAAUAAUGGGUUCCAGCUUCCUCAACAACCCAUGUUUUCUGAUCUCAUCAAAUAUUGCCAAGCUACAAAAGUUUGUCCCUGUUCAGGCCUCCAAUUCUCAAGGAGGAGGAGAAGGAGAAGAAACUUCCAGUUUAAAUGGCACCACCAGUGGUAUCCCUCAGGAGGAUUGGAACUAUUUAUUGAAACUAGGGGCUGGUUCUCUUGCUGGUGCAGCUGUAAUAAAGUAUGGAAGCAUCCUUUUUCCUGAGAUAACAAGACCAAACAUCUUACAGGCGCUGAUUAUGAUAUCAUCUCCUGUCGUUGUAGCCGUUGUGCUCUUGAUCAAGCUAAGUUAUCAAGAGUGAUGAACCACACUUUCUUGAGUACCCUGUUGGUAAAAGAAAUGUACUUCGAUCCAUUUUUCCAGAUAGUAAUCUAUGUCUAUAAACAUGAAUUUGCAACUGCAACAUUCUUGCAAAGGGAGCAACCACAAUCCUCAAGAACAAAUCGGCAAAUAGCAACCACCCGAAGAUAUCAGUUGCUCUAUUUAUGUCAUGACACUUGCCCUUUUCUUCUGAGGUGGAAUAAAGUCGUUGUUGGUCUAAUUUCCAUGUAGUCUUUCCAUUGGAGAUUGCCUAGUUUCCCUGACCCCUCGUUGGCCUGUGUUUUAUAAAAAGUAUUUUUACUUCAA